AUGUCUACUACGACCAUCCCGGCAUGGGUAGCCCUCGACGAGACCGCUGGCGAUGGCAACUUGAAGUUCCAGGAUGUUGAAUCAAAGAAAUGGGACGAUGACAACAUUGACGGCGAGGAGCAGUUCUGCCCGCAGAUGUGCUGGACGUACCUCUCCCCGCUGUGCGUGGGGAACUCGAAGGGAAUGAUCAACCAGGGCGGCUAUGCGAAGGUGUGGAGGGGAUCGGCACGCUUCGCGAACAAAGUGCCCGACGGCAUGGAUCCCGCCGACGCCGCGGCGCUGGUGUGCACCGGUAUCACGUGCUACUCGCCUCUGAAGCGCUACGGCGCCGGAACGACAGCGAAGCGUGUGGGCAUUAUCGGUGUCGGAGGCGUCGGCCAUGUCGGAAUCAUGAUCGCCAAAGCCAUGGGCGCCGAUGUCACUGCCAUCAACCGUGGAACGCGCAAGGAGGCCGACGCUCUCAAGCUAGGUGCUUCAAAGUACAUCGCUACUGGAAGUGACCUGGAGAAGGACUUUGAGGGGCACGAGCGUUCGCUUGACCUCAUUAUCUGCACCAUCAUCGCCGACUACAUGCGCCUCCUGCGCCCCAUGGGCGCGAUCGUCGUCGUGGGCAUCGUCCCUGACCCCAUCAGCAUUCCUUCCCGCCCCUUGAUCUGGUCGGGGGCGGCGGUCGCCGGUUCUCCCAUCGGAUCCCCGGGCGAGAUCAAGGAGAUGCUUGACCUGGCCGUGGCGAAGGGCGUCAAGCCGUGGGUGCAGAAGUACAACAUGGACGACAUCAAUCAAGCAGUCAAGGACAUGAAGGCCGGUAAGGCCCGGUACCGCUUCGUUCUCGUCAACACGGACAACGGCGGCGUUUUGUAG